CCGAAAUUCUGCAAUAGAUCAUGGCUUCACCAGCUUGAGUGACAUUUGCUUUCAAGUAGCUCCAAACUAGCAGCGAUGCUGCCUCCGGGGCUUCACAGGGCGAUAUCGGACGCCGUGAGCCCGUUUGGAGCUUAUCCCUCCGCUGAUGUGCUAAGAAGCCUCGAGGUGUAUCUGUCGGACCCCCGCAGCACGGACGCUGUGUAUGAUGGGCUGGUCAGCCGGGCCUGCGCCGAGCCGCUCAGCCUGCCUCUGGUUGAGAAGGUGGUGGGUCUGCUGAAGGCCUACGUGCUGAGCUGCCCGCCCGGCCCCGAGCUGCUGGCGCUGCUGGACGACUUCUGCGGCCGCGUGGCGGAGCUGCCGGCGGAGGCGGGGCUCAGCGGACAGGGUCGCAAGGCGGUGCAGUACGUGCGCUCUUGCCUGCGACAGAUCAGGGGCAGCGACAGGCUGGGCUUGGGGCUGGGGCCGGGGCUGCUGGGCGCCGGCAGGGCUAGCCAGGGGUCACUGGCGGCUGCCGGCAGCGGCGGAGGCGCCGGAGGCGGUGGGGCCGGCGCCGGAGGCGGGGGCGCUGGAGGCGGUGGGGGCGCGGGCUUCCGCGGCAGCCUGCGCGGCAGCCUGGGCCGCUCACGUGAUGACCUGUCCAACCUGUCACGAUUGGCGGGGGGAGGGUCGGGAGGCGACAACCGCGGCGGUCUCGGGGGCGGCACCGGCUCCGUCAUUAAGCUGUCUAUGAGCGCCACCAGCCUCAGCGGCGCCGGCUCCGGCCGCCCACUCAACGACCGGUACGCCGCGGCUGAGGCGCUCUCCAGCCCAAGCGGCGACGGCAUGGGGGCAGCGGGGGCCACGGUGCCGCCCUGGCUGCGGCAGUCCGACGGUCGGGGCGUGGGGGGUGCGAGGGGCUAUGAGGACCUCCGGCUGCCGCCGCCGCAGCAGGCGGCUCUGGGCGUGGAGCCGGCCUGGGCGGUGCCGGCGCGGCCGCUGCAGCUGCCGCCGCCGCCGGCCGGCGCCACCGCCGCCCGCGCGCGCAUGUGGCUGCAGCACCUGCCAGACCUAGCGCCGCGACUGGCGCUGCCCAGCGGUGCUGCCUCCGCGGCGGCGGCGGCCGCCGCCGCCUGCUCCGUCGGCGGCGGUGGCACCCUGGCCAACGGCAUCAUCAGCAGCGGCAGCAACGUCCUCGGCAACGGCAGUAGCGCUGGCGGCGGCAGUGGCGGCGGGGGCGGUAGCAGCGGCGCCCCUUCUUCGUCCUCUCUGAUUAGCCUGGGCACCAUUCACCGGGCUGUGCUGGAUCUUGAGGAGGCGGACAUAGGGCAGCACCUGGGGGAGGUGCUGGGCGAGGCGCGGGCCGAGGCCCAGUCGUCGGCGCCCGCUGCGCAGCAGCAGCAGCAGCAGCGCCAGGCGGCGCGCGGGGGCGGCCGCGCCGGCGGCCCGGGCGGCGGCGGCGGCGCGGGCGGGCUAGGCGCGCGCCGUGGCCGUCCCGCCCGCCUGCUGUUCCACCACCCGCCCUACAACCGGUCGGAGCAGCUGCCCAUGUCGGAGGCGGACGUGGCGGUGGUGGUGGAGGCGGUGUGUGGCGUGCGGGCGGCCAGCGCACUGGCGGCGGUGACGGGGCCGCCGGGCUCGGCGGCGGCGGCCGCGGCGGCGGCAGCCGAGGAGGAGGCGGCGGCGGCGGCCGCGGCGGCGGGUGUGCCCGAGGGCAUGUGGCAGGCGUCGUUUGAUGAGGAUGCCGACUUCGCGCAGAUGUGCGGCAGUAUCCUGAUGAAAUUGAUCAUCGACAUGUGGCAGCGCUGCGGCCCGGUCGGCUCCUACACCCUCGUGCUGCGCAUGCUGCGCGCCGCGCUGCGCUCCAGCCAGCCCAGCACGCGCGCCAGGGCCUUUGACGUGCUGUACAAUCUCUCCGUACACGGCGCCAUGCUGAGGGGGGACAGUGAGGAGGCGGCGCUGGCGGCGGCGGCGGCCGAGGCAGCGGCCGGCGGCGCCGUGGGCGUGCCUCUGCCGUGGCAGGUGUGCGCAUCUGCGCCGGUGUCACCAUUCAUCUCCGGCGGUGGCUACGGCGGCGGAGCAGCGGGAGGCGGCCUGACACCGCCGCCUGCGCCCCGCGGCGGUGGCGCCGCCGGCCCCGCCACGCCGCUUGCGACACCCGAGCCGCCACCGCCCGGCCCCGGCCCCGCCCCGUCCCGCCCCCGCCACGUGGCCUCCCACAGCCUGGGCCUCUCCAACAGCGCCCUACUCGACUCGGCACACAGCAUGUCCGGCAUUCCCCACCACUACCACCACACAAUGCAGCCCGCCGCCGCCGCCUCGCUCACCGGAACCAUGCGUAAGGUUGCCUCAGCGGGGCGAAGCACGCUGGGCCCCGGCGGCAGCGCCUUCAGCGCCGGCGGCAGCAUCGCUGACGCGCCGCCGCCGUCGACGCCGCCGCCCGCCCUCCCGGCGCCCAGCCUGGGCGGCGGUGUGGGCGCGGGAGGCGGGCAGGCGCAGCCGGGCCCGGGCGGUGCGGGGGCGGCGGGGGCGGGGUCGGGGCUGGGUGAGGACCGGGCUGUGUACGACAGGUGGCUGCGGGCGCUGCUGUUCCAGCUGCUGUGCGACCUGUGCGAGCGCGCCGAGUACGCGGAGGAGGUGUGGCGCGCCGCCAUGGGCGCCACAUCGCAGCUGUGCGCGCACGGCGGCCACUGGGUGGCGGGCCGCGUGGCGCACCUGCCGCCCGCCGCCCUGGCCGGACUGCUGCGAGCCGCAUGCAACCUGGCCUGGAGCCAGGAGCUGUACGGACACCUGCUGCGGCUCGUGCCGCACGUGCUGGUGCCGCCGCCGGCGGCGCCGCCGGCGGCGUCGGCGGCGGCUGGCGGCUCCGCUGCCAGUACGCCCAGCGGCGGCAGCGGGCCGUCGGCGACGGCGCGCAGCGCGUUCGCGGCGCCGGCGGCGCUGGGCUCGGCCGCGGUGGCGGCGGAGGGCGCGCCGUCGGUGCUGCUGCCGGCGGCUGGCGGCGCCGCCGACGGCGGCGCGGUGGCGGCGCGGCUGGCGGCGUUUGGCGGGCUCGAGGAGUUGCUGUUUCACUUCAUGCGCGCCCCCACGCCCGACUCACGCGCAGCGCUGCUUGCCGCGCUGGCGUACUGCUGCUAUGGCGGCGGCGGCGGAGCCGCUGCUGCCGACACAGGCGGCGAGCGGCCGCCGCAGCUCCAGCUGCCGGGCGGGGCCAGCCCGCCUGCGGGAGUGGGGGCGGGCGGCAGCGGCAGCAGCCCGGGCGGAGGUCGUGGCGGUCCGGACGGCGCGGCGGCGGUGUUGGGUCUGCUGCAGGGCCUUCACCUGGACUCGGUGUGUCAGGCGCUGAGGGCGGCGCUGCAGCGGCCAUGGCCGGGCAUGUCCUCCCGCCUGGCGGACGUGCUCGCCAGCGCAGUGGCAGAGGCCGCCUUCGCCUCCGCCGCCUCCGCCACCCCCGGCGGCACACUCAACCCCUACGCCACCGCCUCCGCAGCAGCCUCCGGCGGCCUCAUGCCGCCCUCCCCCUCUGGUGGGCUGGGCCCGGACUGCGCCUAUGCGGGCACGCUGCCGGCGGGAGUGGCGUCGCCCAUCGCGGCGCGGGCGCUGCUGCGGCCGCUGCUGGAGAGUUUGGAGGUGUGCUGCGCCGACAGCAUGAUGUCGCCGCAGGGCUCCCUGCGCACGCACAUGGAGGUCAGCUUGGCGCACAUUUCCGGUGGUGGCGGUGGCGGCGCUGGCGGCGGGCUGAACGCCUCACUCGGCAACCCGCUGCCUCCGCCCGCGCUGUCCGCGGCGGGUGUGGGCGCCGCCUGGCGCGCGUUCAAGGAGGUGUGCUGCGAGGAAAGCGCCGAGGCGCGGCAGGUCGCCAUCCACUGGUUGCACAAGCUGCUGUCCGCCGCCUGCCGGGCGGUGUACGGGCAGCUGCUGCUGCUGUCGCCCCUGUCGCUCAAGACCUCGCCAGAGGCAAACAAGGUGGCAGCGGCGGCGGCCGUGGCAGCGGCGGCGGCCGCGGCAGCGGCCUCCGGGGCCAGCGCCGGCUCCCCGCUGGUCGCUCUGCCGCAGUGGAACAUCGCGCUGGCAGAUGCGCUACUGCACGUGGUGCGCGAGGCGCCGCUGGGGUGCGAGCUCCUCAUGGCAGCAAUCUGCCGAGUGACGGCAGACCAGAAGGCCGCGGCGGCGGCAGCCGCCGCCGCCGCCGCCGACAGUGCCGCCGGCGGCCCCGUCGGCACGCUCGGGGGCACCUUUGGCGGCGGCGCCGGGGCGGUGGCGGCGGCCGCCGCCGCCGCGGCGGCGGCGGGCGACGAGGCGGCGAUGGCGGCGUGCCGUCGCGUCAUGCGUCUGUACUACGUCGCGCUGCAGUGGAUGCUGCAGUGCGGCAGCGCCGAGGCGCGGACACCCGCCGUUGUGGAGCUGGCGGACACAGUGCUCACCGCGCUGAUGCAGCCCGACCCCACCGCAGCGGCGGCAGUGGCAGCGGCCGCGGCGACAGCCGCUGCCGCUGCCGCUGCUGCGGUGGGCAGCGGCGCCCCCAGCGCCGUCGGUGGCGGCUCCGCCGCUUCGGCAGCGGCGGACAAGCCGCCGCUGCCCGGCGGCGCCGCCACUGGCGCUCGGUCGGCGCCGCCGCCGCGCGCCAGCUCGUCCAUCCUGUCGCAGCUGCCGCAGGCGGCUGCCGUCUCGACGGCGGCCGCCGCCGCCGGACCCGGUGGCGUGGCGGCCGCUGCCGCCGCAGCGGCGGCGGCGGCGGCGCAGCUGCAGUCGGAGCCUGGCGGCGGUAUGCUGGUGUCACAGCAGCUCCUGUCGGGCCUCCUGGCUUUUGACGCCGACGCCCUGGCCUGCACGCCACCCGAGCUCCUUGUCACGCUGCUGCAGCAGUGCUCACAGGUCGUGCACGACGCUACCUCCAGCGGCGGCGCCGGCGGGGCUGGCAGCGGCGGCGGCGGCCUGGCGGCGCUCGCCAACGGCAACAGCGGCCUGGGAGACGGCGACAAUGAGGCUGUGAAGAGCGUAGGCAGCGGCGGCUUCGCCAGCAUGCGGCGCGGGUUUGUGGGCCGGCCGUGUGCCGUCUCUGGCGGCAGCGCAGCCGCCGCCUUACCCCUGCACGCUGCAGCGGUGGUGGCGGCGGCCGCUGCCGCCACUUCCAGCCGUGGCGGCCCGGCGCGCGCCAGCGGCGCCGGCGUCGCGGCUGCUUCUGCGCAGCAGCACGACGUCACAGGUGCUGCUGGUGCCGGUGUGGGCGGUGCCGGCGGCGGCGGAGCGCUGUCGGGGGCUGCGGUGGGCCCCUGGCAGGACGACUGGCAGGACCGGCGGCUGGCACUGCUGCUGCUGCUCAUGGCGCGGUGCUCGCUGGACCCGGAGGCGUUCGCCAAGUACUCGCUGUCACACGUGAUCAAGGCGCAACUGAGCUGCGAGGACCUUCGCUGCAGAUACUACGCAGGCGUGUACCUGCUGAAGCACUGGAUGCUGAACCAGCACGACCGCUACUGGCGCUCGCUGAGGCACAUCAUCGGCACGGCGCAGCAGCUCAACGACGAGCGCCUGCUGGACAACCCCUACCUGCAGAUGAGGACAAUGCUCAAUGUGGACCACGCAUGAUCAACAAGCUGUGGAUGAGUGGAUCUCAUGUGCUAGCUGUGGGAUACAGGGAGUGGCUUGAUCUAAAGAUGUGGCCUGAUCUAUUAGAGGUGCGGCCAGCUGUCAGUGGUGAUUGGGGACGAGGCAUCUGGACUCUGCAGGCGAGUCGCUUGGAAGCGGCGGCAUGCGCCGUUUGCCCGUUUCCGACGCUUGCAUGAGGAUUGAUCGGAAAGCGUGCCCGGUAACGCGCGUAGGAUGCUAGCUAGCGGACUCGGCUGCGCGUUGGUGUAAGGUUGUAUUAAGGCUGGAUGUCGCGGCUGUUUCUCGCUCUGCAUGUGGUUCAUUGAUACGUAUAGCUAGCGUAGAGCUCAUGGGACCGGGGCGGUGGACGGGACUGGUGUCGCCAUGACCGACGACGUUGCUUGCGGUGCAAGCAUGUCCAUUCGAGGUUGCGCACAAGUACCGUACAUACAUACAUGCAUGUAAAUCAACUUAAGA